UUCAGACAAAGUUUCUCGUCAUCUUCCUAAGCGACCACGACCGCAGCAUCGUCCUCUUUUCAGACGCCUAUGUUUUUUUCUCACCCAUUUACUAAAACUAAAAUAAUAACUAAAAAACAAUUUUAAUAAUUAAAUCCUUUGAAAAUACUCGGCAACCCUUUCCCUUUUCCUCCUAACUCUAAGAGCUUAUAACUCUUCCAAGUUCCGAGUUGAAGAAGUUACUGAUCCGUUUCAAGUUCUUCGGUGUUUGGUAACAAUGCAAGCAGCUCAGGGAAUCUCCAGUGGGCUUGCAGAAAAAUCUCCUCAGGCUGAUGUAUCAGAUCCAGGACCAAGCGGGAAGCGUCCAGAUAUUUCACUUCAAAUACCCCCUAGACCUCUAGGUUUUGGAAGUAGCCGAAGUGGAAAGGGUUUGCUUCCGUCUCAAGGUUCCUCAAAAGGUACAUCAUCAGGUGGCAUAUUGCGGGGUCUAAGCUUCAAGAUUAAGGGAACUGCACCUGAUGGUGAGAGAAGCUUCCUCCUCAAUUCUGACCCCAAGACAGCUCCUGAAAGUCCUAUUAUGACCAACCUCAAGGCUGCAUUUUCAUGGAAAAGAUGUACCUCUCUUCCUGUUACACCCGCAUCAAACUUGUCCCCAUCAGUUUCUACACCUAUUUCAGCAAGGACAUUUAAUGAACGGCAUAAGCCACAUAAAGAGGCUGUGCAAGCUAUGGUUUCAAGGUCCCUGUCUGUGCCUGGGCAAAAUAUCGUUAUUGUAAGAUCUGUAUCAUUCGCUAUCCAUAAUGAGCAUGUCCCAACAGAUCCUAGUGAUGAUCAAAUAACUUCAAUUCCAGUGGAAAGCAAUGAUGAAGAGAUUCCUGAAGAGGAUGCAGUUUGUAGGAUCUGUCUUGAUGUAUGUGAAGAAGGAAAUACACUUAAAAUGGAAUGCAGCUGCAAAGGUGACCUCAGACUUGUACAUGAAGAAUGUGCAGUUAAGUGGUUUAGCACUAAAGGAAACAAGACUUGUGAAGUAUGUGGGCAAGAGGUUCAGAAUUUACCAGUAACUUUGCUUCGUGUGCCUACCUCCAUUCAAAGGGAUUCCAGACAUGACCACGCUCAGAGUUUGCGUUCACAAUCGAUAAGUGCCUGGCAGGACUUUGUGGUGCUUGUCUUGAUUAGCACAAUAUGCUAUUUCUUCUUUUUUGAGCAGCUACUGAUUCAUGACUUGAAGACUGAAGCAAUAGUGAUUGCAGCACCCUUUGCUUUUACCCUGGGCCUUUUGUCAUCUAUUUUUGCAGUCAUCCUUGCAAUCAAGGAGUACGUAUGGACAUAUGCAGCUCUUGAGUUUGCACUCGUGGCCAUCAUUGUCCACCUUUUCUACACUUUUCUUCAUCUGAAGGCCAUUUAUGCCGUACUGAUUGCAUCAGUUUUAGGCUUUGGCAUAGCCAUGAGCCUCAACUCCUUGUAUAUUCAAUAUUACUCUUGGCGAGUUCAGGUUGCGCAAAAUCCUCCAGUGUGAGUGCGAUCGGACUCACUGGAUUGCAAGGUCCCCAGCGUUUUGUAAGAGUUGUUGCUUGCUUGCUUAUUGUAAAUUAUUGGUGUACAAAUUCAUUACUAAAAAGUAUUCAAGUGAUGCCCUAAAAUAGGCUUAUUUUGUUAUUUUAGAAGUAUUUGGCGUGUGCGCCCAAAGAAAGAGGUUACACGUUAAAUGUAAGAGAAUCCCUUUUAUGGGUCAACUGUCAACAAAUGUUGCACGCUUGUAAAAUUCUCUUUGUUCUGUCUCACUACGUAUAAUAUUUUCACACUA